AUGGGAAAAAAGGCAAAAUCUCGCGUUAAGGGUGCACACUUACGUGUGGCUUGCCUCUGUAGUGAGCUGCUCAGGUUGUGUGAUGCUGACCCUGCUGUAUUGGGAACAAUGGAUUGUUUUAGGAACCUUUAUGAAGUUACUACGAAAAUUCGUGACCUUCAGAAAGGAGACCGAGAAGCGCGGUUUGAAGCCCUUCGAAAGCGCUACAAAGAAUGCUUUCAUUCCCAUUUAUCAAUAUGCGAAUAUGGUGAAACUGGAUUUGGUGUACGAGCAGACGAGUCUAUAGAAAAGAAUAAGUCACUUCUUCAUGUUCCUCUAAAAUAUGCGCUUUCAGUUUCAAAUGUUAGUGCUCCACUUCUGUCUCUGCCAAAUACCUAUUCAACAGUUGCUUACUUCUCUGACACCGACUUCGCGAUCCUCGAUGGUUUUCCUGCUGCUGAUGCCGCACUAAAAACUUAUAGGAAUAUAUGUCGCCAGUACGCGUACUUCUAUCUCCUUUUUGAACGCGCAAAGCCGGUUGAUUCUCUGCCAGCUUAUAUGAAACCGUUUUGUUUUGAAGACUACCAGUGGGCCAUCUCAACUGUAAUGAGCCGUAACAAUGCUUUGCCAAUAAAGGGCGAUGGUGGUGAAAGGGUGCUUUGUCUAAUUCCUUUGUGGGAUAUGGUUAAUCACAAGCAAUGUCAGAUUACAACAGAAUAUGAUCCUACCUCGGAACGCAUCGUGUUCUACGCCAUGGAAUCUUAUCAACAGGGGGAUGAGAUUUUCAUGGAUUACGGCAAAAGAACGAGCACUGAGUUCCUUUUGUACAAUGGAUUUGUUCCGGAAACCAAUCCUUUUCACAAUGUUCCAAUUAAUCUUGGGCUGAGUAAGUUUGACAAACUCAUGCAACUCCGUGCGAAAGUUCUCGGAGAACUGGGUUUAAGAAGUGAAAUAUGCCCAGUCGUCUCUUCUCAGGACGGUGCCUUCCCGUCUUCUCAACUAGCAGCAUUCGCUCGUGUCUUCGUCAUGAAAGAAGCUGAGCUUCAAGUCGCGUUAGAUGAAAUGACCUCUGAGAGUCCCGAUCCCCAUGUCUCCGCCAGGCUCGUAUCGGGGACCUUUUUACAUACUCGAGUAGACGAAGAGGCCAAAAAGUUUAUCGAGGGUCGUAUCAAGCUGCUUAUCCGCAACUAUGAGUUCCGUCUUGAAAAAAGUCUCCAGACGGAACUGCCGGCAGCACGCAACGGACUUACUCAGCGGCCUCUUUUCGGAGGAGCGCUUCAAAUUCUUUUGCCCUCACCUGUGCAAGACGUUAGUACAUUCCGUCAAGUGCCGGACAAUCAGGAAGUUUUCGUCAACCCUUCAAACAACCAGAGCAUUACCAUUGAUAUUCUCGAGGCUGUUUCUCCAUCCGCUCUUCCUGAGGCCGUGAACGUUCAUUUCCAGGAAAUCGUCAACUGCAAUUCUGCUUCCGAUUCAGUUGUGGAUUCCAUUGAAGUUCAACAUAUAUCCAAUGGUCCUCCAGCUGUACUUCUUCGCGGAAAGCAGAAAGUUUCCAAGUUUAAUCGAUUGCAAUCAGAUCUUGUAGGCAUAGCGAUCAUGCUCUACAGAUUCACCGAUUACUCCGCCGAUGUUCUGGUUUGUUUCAACGAUCCCAUUGUAUGUCAAGACCAGAGUGAGGUGCCUCCGUCCGGUCGAUGGUCAGACGAGCAAGUGAACACCUGCCUGCAUUCCCUUGAACUUCUCGAUCCAAACAUCUUCGUUUCCUGA